CCAGAGAUGGCACGGAACGAUGGCACUGAGAGCACCGGUGAGAAGUGGGAGCUCGCCAGGGACAUGCUGUUGGAGGAAGAAGAACAGAGGAAAGCACCCAAAGGAGUGCUGUCCCUCCUGCCCUCGUCCCCGCACAGAGCCGUUGUGCUGCUGUACGCACUGCUGGCCCUUGGCUUCGUGAUCUUCAUGGCUCUCACCAUCACAAACACCCAAAGAGUGUCGGCGGUGUGGGAGGCGCUGGCCCAAGCCCGGCUGCAGGGCGAGAGGAGCCACACGACAGCCUGGCACAACCUCUCGGAGGUCCAGCACGCCCUCGAUAAGCAGCUCUCAGGCGAGCUCCAGGUGAUUCAGAGCCAACUUCUAAAUGUGUCCCGAGAAAUGGAGAACAUGCAGUGGAAGAUGGCACAGUGCAAAACGGAGUGGGGGAAGGAGCUGUCGGAUCGCAUCCGCGUCCUGGAGGGAAGGGAGGCGCCGGAGCGGGCGCUGGAGCAGCUGGCAGAGCUGCGGCAGGAGCAGAGCCGCGCGGCGACGCUCCUCAGCGCGGCGCUGGAGGGGCUGCGAAACCUCUCAGAAAUUCUCUGCACAAGGUGUCCCGCCGGCUGGCUGCAGUUCACCAAAACCUGCUAUUUUUUCUCCACCGAUCCUAAACCCUGGAUGGAUGCUAAAGCCUCCUGCACCGAGCUCGGCGGUCAGCUGGCCGUCGUCAACAGCGAGCUGGAAAACAAAUUUCUGGCAAAUCACAUCAUGGAGACGCGGGUGUUCUGGCUGGGCCUGAGCGACAUGCACAAAGAAGGCGACUGGCAGUGGUUGGACGGCCGCUCCCUUUCUCUGGCGUUUUGGAAGAGCGGCGAACCCAACAACGUGGGCCAGCACGGUGAGGACUGCGCCACCGUCUCCUCCAGGGGCCUCUGGAACGACGCCAUCUGCAGCAGUGCCGAGGCCUGGAUCUGUGAGCGCGGCUGCUAGGGGGCUUAAAAAUGGGGGAAAACCAGCAAAAAGACGGCAAAACAUGAAAACUUGGCACUGCGGGGCGAAGGAUGAUAUGCUGCUGCGUAAUUACUGGCCAUGGAGGAAGUGCGAGAGUAGGCAAUGGAAAAAAUGCUUAAAAGAUGAGAAAAAAAACAAAACCAAGGGGUUGUGGGGUCAGGAGGCAUCACCGUGCGCAGGGGGGUGAGCGCACCGUGUGUUUUUGCUGCAGAUUCUCCUCGUUCCUCCUCCUCAGGCUCUGGGCGAAUCCAUGCGGCGUGCAGACCUAAAAACAUCAGCCCGAUUUAGCAGGAGACGGGAUUCGCUCUGGAAAGGAAGGAGCUGGCGUGGAAAGAGGCGUCCGAAAAAGGGAGCAUCCUCCCGGGGUCCAGUGCCGCGAUGGGGUUAGACCUGGAGGAGGGUUUGGACAUUUUUGGGGUGUUUGUUAACAUUUUGUGAGCUGCUUCCCUGCCGCGCGCUCAACGUAUCGCUUGCUGCUUAAUCAGGAAAAAAAUAAAGUCUUUUGAUUGCAACUUG